AUUACAUAAUCUAUCUUUAACAUUUGUAGGAUUUAGAUGAUGAAGUUGAUAAAAUACAGAAAGCUAUGGGAUCCGACAUCGAUGUGUCUUUCGAUUGCGUCGGAUUCAGCAAAACAAUGUCAACUGCUCUAAACUCUACUCGUCUCGGCGGCAAAGUUUGUCUCGUCGGCAUGGGCCACGACCAAAUGACUCUUCCUCUCACUUCUGCCUCAGCCAGAGAAGUUGAUGUUGUAAGUGUGUUUCGCUACAAGGACACUUGGCCCCUCUGUAUUGAAUUUAUGAGGUCGGGGAAGAUCGAUGUGAAGCCAUUGAUUACGCAUCGGUUCGGGUUUUCUCAGAAGGAGGUGGAAGAAGCAUUCGAAGUCAGUGCUCGUGGCGGCAAUGCAAUCAAAGUCAUGUUCAAUCUGUAAUCUCGGUGAAAACUUGUUGUGCUUUUUUGUUCCUAUAUAUAUGUGUGAGAGCUUGGUUUGUGAACCAAAGUAGUGCAUAUUUAUGCUCAUGUUGCAGUCCCUAUUUUCUCAUUUUGUGGCGUUUUCUUCUUUGGCUUGAAUAAAGUGCAGAUAUUGCAAGGAUGACACUGUUGCAUGGCUUGAAAAUGUGCUGGUUUUGAUUUAUGAAUGGUAUUUAGAGGUGCCUUCA